CAAAAGUUUAUUAUUAACUAGUGUUAGUUAUUUCAAGAUGUUUAAGAAAGAAUGGACAAAAAAAUAGGAUGGACAUAAAUGACAUAUGAACUAUGAAUAGUACUUUGUAAAGCUGACUUAGAUAACACAUCUGCACAUCCAUUUCCAGUCAUUUUUAUGCAUAAAUUCAAUUUCUUCAGAGCAGUUAUUCCACAAAGAGAUCGUAUGAUAUACUCCCUCCAUUCUGUUUUAAAAGACGUUUUGGAAAGAAAAAAAUAUUUCAAUAUACUUGUCGUUUCGCAGAAAACAAUGUAAAUUAUAGUGAUAAAAGACUAUAGUUACCCUAUAUUUGCUCCAUUUCACGUGCUUUAGUAUCUAAAUUAAUCAAUUAAUGAAGGAUAAGAAAGGAAUUGCAUUUGAUGCAUUAAUCUGUGUGAAAGUUUCUAUAACGACAUAUAAAAGAAGACAGAGGGAGUAUUGUUUUGAUAUUCAGAUUUGUUUCUUGAUUGUUAAGAAGAUUGAUAACUGUAAAAAUGUCUCUUUCGAAUAUGAUAUGUCUAUAACCGAAUCUCCAACAUGAGACAAGUUUGUUUAAAAAGUAAAUAAUUUCACUUUUCUUAUAUUAUAUAAUAAAUAUAUAUUGUUUACUGAUAAUAAAAAUAUAGUUAUUCAUCUAUCACGGAUAUAUGCGAAUAUGCGAAUCAAGUACAACAAUCAAACAACAUAAUGAUUUUCACAAAGAAAAUUAAAAAAAUAUAUUUAUGUUAUGUAAUCUUAUUUUAUAUUCUUUAAAUAAUGUAAUACAAUAUUAUACAUUAUUUUUUAAUAACUGAGAAAUACAUAUAAUAUUUUAUCCGCGCGUAGCGCGGUUAAAAACUCUAGUUCCUCUAAAAACUUUAUUAUAGAAUCAUACAUUAGAGCAAAUCCAUUUUAAUAAAAUUCUCUAUUUAAUAGAACUCUCUAUUUUAGAGGAAAAUAUAAAAGCAUACACUGUAGAUGUUGGAUUAAGCUUGAAGAAAAAAGGAAACUUGAUAAAUAAGUUAACUUCUAAUCCUACCAAGUUAUGGUUUAAAGGAUUAGGAAAUAUGUUAUACCUAAUGAGUUUAGGAAAUUUGUUUUAUAUAUAAGGAGAUGCAAGAGUGUUGCAUAACUCAUGAGUUGAGAGAUUGGAUGAGAGAUUAUGAAUUGUGUGAGAUUGAGAGAGCUUGAGGUUUUGAGUUAUUUUUCUCAAGAGAUUAAUAAGAGAGUUAUUCUUAUUAAGCUUGAUUGUGAUUCAUUGAUUGUGAUUCUAUAUGUGGUAUCAGAGCUACAGGUUCAAUACUGGACCUCUAAUAAAGUUCAAUCCCUAAAAUUCAGAUUUGAGCAAACGUUAUGGGGAAUUGUACUGGUUAUGGCGUUCAAGUUAGAUUCACUGGAGUCCUACACGGUCGAAGAGAUGACGACAACGAGUAAUAUUGUGGUUCAAUCUCAAGGAACCUUUGCAGAUCGCAAGUCUAUAAAGAAGAUCGCAAGUGUUAAAAGGCAUGAUUCUGAAGCUGACAACGAUGGCAUAAAGAAAUCGAAGAAGAGAAAGAAGCACAAAAGGGCUUCUGAUGGAGAUAAGAUAUUAAAUACUGAAAGCUCCAAAGUUAGUGAAGGAAGUCGAAGACAUGAGAAAUCUCUGCUGCUGUAUUAUAAAAGGACAGGAAAAUCUUGGAAGAGGGGUUACAUGCUGAAUGAAGUUAAAACCGAUGAGGACAAGGGAGACGAAACUGACGAAGAAACUUCUGAUACAGAGGAGGAGAUCAGAGUUGUUAAAGUCUGUGAGUGGGUUGAUCCUUUGGCUAAGUUAUGGAACCGUGACCCUGAGUAUCUAGAUAGAGGGCAGAACGAUGACGUUAAGAAGGAAAAGAAGGAAAAGAGCAGCAAGAAGGUGAAGCUAAGCGUGGAAGAUGUCAAAAUUGAUAACCCUAAUGCUGUAUCGAAAUUCAGAAUCAAUCCGUUGAGGGAGAAGCUUCAAGCCACGAUUUUUGAUAUGGUUCUUGGUGGUGCUACAAAUAUUACUACUCAUGGUCUAGAUAUCAAUGACAUCCAGUUAAUUAUCCAGUGUGAGUCUCCACGUGAUAUUGUGUGCACUCAUGGCAGGAUGAUUGAUAUUCUUUGCACAAGCAGUGAAAAAAUCACCAAUCUGCAAAGGGCCACAUUCUUGGUAAUGUAUGAAGCUGAUCGUAUGUUUGACAUGGGUUUUGAGCCUCAAAUUAUUUGUAUUAUUCAAACUAUUCGACAUGAUCAGCACACUGUGCUCUUUUCUGCCACUUUUCCACGUCAAGAUGAAACUUUGGCACGUAAAGUCUUGAACAAGCCCAUUGAAAUACAGGUUGGUGGAAGGAGUGUUGUGAAUAAGGAUAUAACACAGUUAGUUGAAGUCAGACCGAAGAGUGAGAGGUUCUUAAGACUGCUGGAAAUUCUCGGGGAAUGGUAUGAGAAAAGAAAGAUUUUGGUUUUUGUGCAGUCGCAGAAAAAAUGUGAUGCCUUGUUGAAGGAUUUGUUUAAAAAGAUUUAUCAUUGUAUAUCUCUUCACGGUGGUAACGAGCAGUCUGAUCAGGAAUCAACAAUAUCUGACUUUAAGAGCAAUGUGUGCAAUAUAUUGAUUGCCACAAGUGUUGCAGCUAGGGGUAUAGAUGUGAAAGAGCUUGAGUUAGUUGUAAACUAUGAUGCUCCGAACCACUAUGAAUAUUAUGUGCAUCGCAUUGGCAGGACAGGAAGGGCAGAGCAGAAAGGCUGUGCUGUGACAUUUAUCUCUGAAGAUGAUGCAAAAUAUGCACCGUAUUUAGUCAAGGCCCUGGAACUUUCGCUGCAGCCAAUCCCCGAUGAUCUGAAAGAAAUCGCUGACAGUUUCAUUGCAAAGGUUAGACAGGGUACUGAACAAGCUCAUGAAACUGGCUAUGUAGAUAGUGGCUUAAAAUUCACCGAAGAGGAGGAAAAAGUUACGAAAGCAGCAAAGAAAGCACAAGCGAAAGAGUAUGGGUUUGAGGAAUAUAAGUCUGACUCAGAAGAUGAGAUUGAUGUUAUAAGAAAGGCAUGUGUUGUUGGUGUUGAUACCUCAGCGCACCAGGCUGCUCUUGCUCAUAUAGCCACCAUUGCUGCUGCUGUUAAAGCUAAUGCUGCUGCAAUGAAUCCUCCUGUGACUACAAACCAGUUGCUGCCGAAUGGUGGUGGGCUUACCUCUCUACCAAAAGUUAUAGCAAAGGAUGAACCUAUAGAAGAAAGCUCUCAGUUUUUGGUAGAUAGUGAUGAUGCUUCAGACAAAGAAAGUGACACAAAAGAGCCACUGAGAACUAGAAAGAAAGCUUCACCAGCAGCAGGUUCUUCUGAUGUGGAGGAAGGAAAAACAGAGAAGAAUGUGAGACAGAGGACUGUUAAGAAAGAUAAAGACGUGGAGGAUGGUUUAGUCACUACUAGUAGUACAUAUGAUGAGGUUAGUGAUGCCGAGAAAGCCUUGGCUGUUAAAGCCACUGAUGCCGACAAUGAAGGAGAAGAGAUUGAUCUGAGCAAACAUGAAAGCGAAGAUAUCAGUCACACGUACGGGUGGCCUCCUCUCGUGUGUUGUUUUGGAUCUGCAAAGAAUGUUUUUGUUCCAUCAGGAAGGCCAGCAAACAGGUUUUUGGAUUGCAAAUUCAAAACCGUUGAGGCAAGGGUAGAGGCCUUUCAUAGAAAAGAAGAAGAACUUAAGAAAGAACUCGAGAUUGUCAAGAAUCAACAUGCUUCAGACUCAGCUGUUCUACUGUUGGUAACCCGAGAGCUAGAGAAAGUUAGCUUAAAACUGGCCGCAGCUAACGACGCCAAGAACCUGCCUCUGAGUCAAGAAGAAAAUAUUAGCAAGAUGAUUUCCAUCCAUGCAGAGAAAGAAACCAUCUCCAACAAAGAGAUAGAUGUUUUGAAAAGUGAGCUUGAGAAAGCGAGAAGCUUUGAAGCAGAGGUUAAAGAACGAGAUGAGAUCAUUGAGAAGAUUGAUGCUGCGAAAGAAGUUUUUAAAAUGGCAAAGUCCCAUGCGUACGGCUUUGCUGACCAGUGGUGUACCAAAGCCAUAGAAUUGGAGGAACAGUUGGAAGAAACCAACAUGAUGAAGAAAUAUGCCUCAGUCUCUCUGGUGUCUUUGAUAAAACAGCUGGAAGGAAGCAAUACACGACUGCAGGUUAUGGAGUGUGAGGUGAUUGCUCUCAAGGAUAAGGCCAAGCUAAUGGCGACGGUGGGGCUUAAGCAAAGUCAAGUUCUCAAGAAAUCUGAACAUCUACUCGAACCUGCGGAAGAGUUGUUAUCUAAGGUUGAGAAAGAGGAUAUAAAAUUAAAAACUAAGCUUGAAAUUUUCAAGGAUGAGAAGAGUAAGACCUUGUCAGAGCUGGAGAGGUCGAAAGAGGAAGAGGAGAAGAGUGAGCCAGAUAUGCAGAGUUUAGCUUCAGUUUUUCACCAAGCGUCAAGUGAGCGUGUGUUGAAAAACAGGUUGUUGAGUCUAGGUGGUCAGAAUUACAAAACACGUGAAGAAGAUAAGAAGCUGGUCAUUAAGUCAACAAACGAGAAGUACGAGAAGAUGCUUCACGAGGUGGAACAAACCAAUAAACCGUUUGAGAGCUCAAGAGGUAUUGUUGAAGAUUUAUUGAAAAUGGAGUUCAAGCUUAAGGGGGAGAAUGUUGGAUUAAGCUUGAAGAAAAAAGGAAACUUGAUAAAUAAGUUAACUUCUAAUCCUACCAAGUUAUGGUUUAAAGGAUUAGGAAAUAUGUUAUACCUAAUGAGUUUAGGAAAUUUGUUUUAUAUAUAAGGAGAUGCAAGAGUGUUGCAUAACUCAUGAGUUGAGAGAUUGGAUGAGAGAUUAUGAAUUGUGUGAGAUUGAGAGAGCUUGAGGUUUUGAGUUAUUUUCCUCAAGAGAUUAAUAAGAGAGUUAUUCUUAUUAAGCUUGAUUGUGA